GGUGGUCGCCGCACGCAGGCGCCUUAGGUCUCCCGGGGCGCUUGUCAAUAACCCGAGGCUCCGGCGCGGUGUCUUCUGGGAGUUGUAGUUCCCCGAGGCCUUUCUCCGCCGCUCCGCGCGGCGCAAGAACUCCAUCUCCCGGGGUGCCUCGCGCGCGGGGGGCGGAGGGCCGCCGUGGCGUCGGCCGAGCUGAAGAGCCGGGGUGGGGGCGCGCAGGCUGAGGCGUCAGCGGCCGUGGGCGAGCGUUCGUGCGGCCUGGUCCCGCCAUGUCCGCGUGAGAACCCCCGCCCCCCCCCCCCGCCACCGCCGCCGCCGCCCCGCGGCCCGGCCGCAGCGCACCAUGGGCGCCAUCCUGAGCCGCCGCAUCGCGGGCGUGGAGGACAUCGACAUCCAGGCCAACUCGGCCUAUCGCUACCCCCCGAAGUCCGGAAACUACUUUGCCUCACACUUUUUCAUGGGGGGCGAGAAGUUCGACACCCCCCACCCUGAAGGCUACCUCUUUGGUGAGAACAUGGAUCUGAACUUCCUGGGCAGUCGCCCAGUCCAGUUUCCUUACGUCACCCCUGCCCCCCAUGAGCCUGUGAAGACCUUGAGGAGCCUAGUGAACAUCCGGAAAGACUCCCUCCGGCUCGUGAGGUACAAGGAUGGCAACGACAGCCCCUGCGAGGACGGGGAGAAGCCCCGGGUGCUCUACAGCCUGGAGUUCACCUUUGACGCCGACGCACGUGUGGCCGUCACCAUCUACUGCCAGGCGGUGGAGGAGUUCCUUAACGGCUCAGCCGUGUACAGCCCCAGGAGCCCAGCCCUACAGUCAGAGACCGUCCACUACAAGCGAGGCGUGAGCCAGCAGUUCUCCCUGCCCUCCUUCAAGAUCGACUUUGCAGAGUGGAAGGAUGACGAGCUGAACUUUGACCUGGAUCGGGGCGUGUUUCCAGUGGUCAUCCAGGCAGUGGUGGAUGAAGGAGAUGUGGUGGAGGUCACCGGUCAUGCUCAUGUACUCCUGGCUGCUUUUGAAAAGCACGUGGAUGGCAGCUUCUCCGUGAAGCCUUUAAAACAGAAGCAAAUCGUGGACCGGGUCAGCUACCUGUUGCAGGAGAUCUACGGCAUCGAGAACAAGAACAACCAGGAGACCAAGCCCUCGGACGAGGAGAACAGUGACAACAGCAAUGAGUGUGUGGUGUGCCUUUCGGACCUGCGCGACACACUCAUCCUGCCCUGCCGCCACCUGUGUCUCUGCAACUCCUGCGCCGACACGCUGCGCUACCAGGCCAGCAACUGCCCCAUCUGCCGGCUGCCCUUCCGGGCCCUUCUGCAGAUCCGUGCCGUGCGGAAGAAACCGGGAGCCCUGUCCCCCGUCUCUUUCAGCCCCGUGCUGGCCCAGAGCAUGGACCAUGACGAGCAUUCCUGCCCCCUUAAAAAGUCAAAGUCGCACCCCGCCUCACUGGCCAGCAAGAGAGCUAAAAGGGAAACAAGCUCUGACAGCAUCCCGCCUGGCUACGAGCCCAUCUCCCUGCUGGAGGCGCUCAACGGCCUGCGGGCCGCCUCCCCGGCCAUGCCCUCUGCACCACUCUACGAGGAGAUCACAUACUCAGCCGUCUCUGAGGGCCUGUCCCAGGCCAGCUGUCCCCUCGCGGGACUCGGUGGCAUCAUGGAAAGUGGCCAACAGAAGGCCAAGCCCAGGGGCAAGUCCCCUGACAGCACCCUGCGGUCCCCGUCGUCCCCCAUCCAUGAGGAGGACGAGGAGAAGCUCUCCCAGGACUUGGAGGCACCUGCGCCGCGGGGCGGGGCGGGGCUGGUACUGAGCAGUUCCCCGGAGAGCUUCAUGACGGAGGAGAUUGACGAGACGUCCCUGAAACAAGAGAGCCGAGUGCCAUCCAUAGAGAACGUCCUGCAAGACGGGAGCCCCGAACACUGCAGCCUCAGCCAGCCUGGCCUGCCCACCGACAUCUACCUGCCAGGAUGGUCCACCUCCAUGGAGACACCCUGCAGCCUGCGCACCACCAGCACCCCCAGCCCCGAGCCUGGGGCCACCGAGCUGACUCCGCUCUGAGGACCCGGCAGGCUGGCCGCACCGAGGCCUCCGACCGCAGACUGCUGAGGACCCGCUGGACUGCAGGUGACGCCCAGCCUCCCUGAGGAGCACAGCCCGGACACCCCUCCCCACAUCCAUGUGUUUGUAAUGGGCCAGGACGAAGGACACCAGCGUGGGGCCCGCGCCCAGGUCCCCCAGCUCCGGGUGCUCCCCCUCGGCUCUGCUGCCAGCUCCUUGGGGGGGGGGCGGGCCAGGAGCAGCCCAGCCCCCAGCAGUGGGGGCCUGGGGGACAGAAUGGAGGGAUUGAUGGGGUGGUGCUCCCUGCACCUGCCGGGUCCACGGAGGGUGAGUCUGGGUUGCUGUCAUUGAAGGAGGCCGUCUCCUCCACACCCCCACCCCCUUGUGUUUGUGCCCAGGGUGGCCUGGCUGCCACCGCUGCCUGUGCCCCUCCCUCCCUCGUCCAUCCUCCGCUGCCCCCAAGCUCUUGGCUCCUGCAGCCCCUCCUGGCUCGUCCGCCCGCGGGCCUUGGUGCAGCACCGAGUGCUUGGCCCCCAGGCCCCAGCCUUUGGAGGCGGCGGCCUUGCCCCUGGGGUCAGAGCCCUGGAUGCAGAGCCGCCCUUCACGUGCCAGUGGGGCGGCUGCCACCUGGGGCCCUUGGCCGCUGCACUCUUCAGUGCCCCGUGUUCUGUCUGGUCUGUUUGCUGGCCUUUUCUCCAGACAGAGCUGAGUGACAGCCACAGGGCCCACCCCGUACACCUGGUGCCAGUGCCCAGGCUCGCACCCUGCGCCGGAGGCACUACUCCUGGGGGCUCUGCGGGGCAGGACGGUUCUGGGGUGGCCCAGCCCCGUCCCGGGUGUGUCGGGGCACCGGAGCCCCCGCCCGGGGUGUGUGUGCCCAGCCCGGUCGGUUCCCUCUCAGCCGCCCAUGCUGGCGGUGGGCCUUGGUGCCAGUGCUUGAGGGGCAGGGCGCAGACGGCCUGUCCGAGACUCCCGUGUGCUGUCGACGUGCUCCGGUCGCCUGGUUUGUGUCCGUUUUUACUGUCCGUUUGUAGAAAUAAAGCCGCGCGGCAAUGCUCUGCGC